AUGUUUUUAGUCAACCAUUUCAGGGCGGAGGGCGCGCCGGAGCCGGAGAAGGAUCAAGCAAAUGACCUGCAAUCGCUGAUAAAUAAGAAGAUCAAGGAAGGAGUGAUCCGGGAGGACGCCUGGCGCAAUCUGAUGGCCGCGCUAUGCAUCGACGACACCGAGAUCAGCAUAAAAUUCACCAUGGAGGACAUAGAGAAUGGCAACCUGGAGAGAUUGUGCAAGCUUAUCACAGACAGUCUUCUGCAGUGGUGCUACGCGACCAGAACCUUCAUUGCGGCAGAUAAAUGCGAAGCCGUGAUCCUCAGCCACUUCUCCCAGCCGCACGACAGCACCAUUACGAGCCAGAGCCAGUCGCCGGCAGCCUUCGGAUCCAGCUCGGCUGCGCGUCGGGACCUCGAGAAGAAAGUAGCCGGCUUCCUAUCGCUAGCAGGGAAAAAAAUAGAAGUCAAGGAAUCGAUCAAGCUCUUCGGAUUCCCGGUCGCUAGCGAUAUAGAAAAAGCAUACAGAACCAGCUGCAGACAGAAGAUAUGGUUCGCGAUGGCAAUAGUGCGAGAAACACUAAGAAGAGGCGCGUCUACAAUCCGGACUUCUGAGCACAAGCUGAUCCCGCAAUACGUGGCACUAAGUAGUAUCCGCCACCUGCUGUGCCCGAUGAUAUGUUUCGACCCAGACGGCGUGAGUGAAAUAAUGCAGCAGGUCGCCAAGAAACUUCUAGCUUGCUACGGGAUAGACGACAGCGAGGCGUCAACCCUGCGAAGAUUACUAGAAAGAAAAAAGCUGCACGACGUAUCCGACUCCGAACUAUUAUUCUCCGGAAUUCUGCAGGAUCCAGGUUGGAAAGAAAAUAUGUUCAGAACAGUAAGAAAGGC